AUGGGCUCUAAGGCUAGCCAUCUCAGUGCCAGCGAGACACAGCCGCUGCUGGGCGACGCCCGCUCCAACGCUCGCUCGCCGUCGUCCUCGUCGUCUUCGAACCACUCUGUGACCGUGGCGGACGAAUCUCCCGAUGCCUCUGUAACCGACCUGCCUGAUCAGGCUCUUAUCUCCCACGGCCUUGGCGCACUCGUCUCAUCUCUCCUCGUCGACUCCGUCCCUGGUAUGUCAGCGGCAGGACGCUGGGCAGAAGCUCACCUCGAAUUCACACUGACUAUUGCACAAGGCUGGUGCGUUGCCCUCGGCGGGACUACUGCCCUCGAUACUCUCGGAUCUCAGGCCUUCACCGGUGGCGAUCGUCUUGCUGUCUCUGUUCACCUCCAGCGGUGUCUAGUUUUGCUCUGGCUGCUCUUCAUCCCCGUUGCAAUCCUUUGGGCCUUCAUUGAGCCUGUGCUUCUUGCGCUUGGUCAAGAACAGCGGCUCAGUCAUGAUGUACAAUCAUUCUUGCGCAUCUUGAUUGUAGGUGCCCCAGGAUACAUCGGCUUCGAGAGCGUAAAGAAAUAUCUGCAGUGCCAAGGUAUCUUGCACCUGUCGCGAUCCUGA